GUAGGUCCUGUGAUGGUCCCCAGCAGCUGUCGUGUGUCAGCUGUCAUGUGCGCAUGUCUGAACUUUCCCAUUCUCCUGAUCUCUCAACUCGGCCUGACAUAAAGCUGGUGAAUCUCCUCAUAAAAUCACAGUCACAAUGACUCUCCAGUGGACGGCCGUGGCUUUCUUCCUAUAUGGAGAGAUAGCAGUCAACCUCAUCUUGUGUAUACCCUUCAUAUCGGCACGGAGAUGGCGAUUGGUUUUCAGCUGGAGAAUAUGGAACUGGUUAUCACCGUAUUGGAACAAAUGCUUCUUUACUAUGAUCAUGGUUCUCAUUGUUCUCUUCCUUGAUGCUUUCCGUGAGGUGCAGAAGUACUCCGGGCCUGAGCCCAUGCAAGAUGCCAAGGUGAACCCCAAUGUGUACGACCACGUCCACAUGAAGCUGUUCAGGGCCCAGAGGAACCUCUACAUAUCUGGCUUCUCUCUCUUCCUCUGGCUUAUCAUGCGUCGGGUUGUCAUCUUGCUAAACCAGGUUGCGGUCACACUGGAGAACAGUGCAGGCCUUCAGGCACAGAUGGACAGUGCAGUCAAAGCAGCCAAGCAGCACCAGGAAGACAACCUAAUGCUCAAACAAGCUCUCCUGGAUGAUGAAAAAGCCAUGUCAUCAAAAAACCAACAGCUGAAGCUGGAGGUUGAGAAGCUGGCAGGUCAGCUGAGGGCCGCAGAGGCGGCGGUGCACAAGUCUCGCGCCGAGGUGGACGCCAUGAAGAGGCAGGCGAAAGGUCUGGCACAGGAGUACGACAGGCUAUUGAGGGAACACAAUCAACUCCAGAGUGCUGAAGACAAAAAGGAUCAGUAACCACGGGAAUAAAGCCACAGUUGUCUUCAGGUGUUGUUUCUCCUCUGUCGUGGAGGCUUUUUCUUCUCAUUACUCUGCAGCAGUCUGCUUUACACAGAGCACCAGAGGCCGCGUGUGCAUUAUCGUUUACUACUUAGAUUUUUCCUUUGUGUCUGAACCGAGGCACGUGUUUGAAUUAACGGGAUUAAGAAAACGGCAGGUCACAGUGUGUAGGAUAAACACUGGGAUUUAACGUUCACAAAUGCUGACAGUUCUUCUUACCAAACUCUGAAUUAUGAAUGUACAUUGUGUCAUUUGGCUGGUUUCUCUAAUCACUAUUCCGUCUACCAAUUAAGGGGAUAUUGCCCUUAUUUUACCUUAGAGGCUAAUUCUUAUAGCUAAUACUAAUAUUUGAUAAUAAUAUACAUCCUCAAACAACUGCAGUAGUGUCCUCCUACUAGCACACGAUACAUGUUGCAUCAUGUCAUGAUAAUGCUACACUAAUGAAAUGGGUGAGACAUGUAUCCCACAUUUGUUUUUAUCAUAAACCUUUACCAUAAACAAAAUAAAAAACCAAAGCUGUUUUUGUUCUUUA